AUGACGGCUCGCGAAGCAAGGACGGUCAUCGUCAUCACCGGAUCUCACACCAUCACCGCCGGCUACGGCAUCCACGAGAUCCUCAAGCGUCCAUCCAUCUCCCUCACAGCACGUGUCGGUCUUGCAAGAUCCGCAGCAUCGAGCUCGUCCGCAUCAUCGCCUCCUGACUACACGCAAUACCUUGUCGGAUCCGCCCUCGAUGAAGCAGAACGAAGAGGCGAUGAUGUGGCCAUCUUUUGGCCCAUGCGUAAAGGAUACGUUCGCGACUGGCAGCAGAUGAUCGCGCUCUGGAAUUACGUCCUCUUCCACCUCUUGCCCAUACGUCGAUCGCACAACGACUCAAACGUCCUCAUUAGCUUGCCGCUGCCCGUCUCUCGAGUCACACACGCCUACCUCACGCAGAUCUUCUUCGAACACUUCAACUCGGCUGCCAUUACGAUUGCCGAAAAGCCGCUGCUCUCUUGCUAUGGUGUCGGCACCAUGAACGCCUGCGUGGUGGACCUCGGGUAUGAGAGCUGCGACGUCUCGCCCGUCAUCGAAUGCUUGGUGCAGUCCAACGCCAACGUCAAGACGGAUGUGGGUACGCGCCAUUGCAUUCUCUACCUCGCCCAUCUGCUGCGUCGCGACCAGAGUCUGGUCAAGGCCAUCCAGACCUUGCUUCGAUAUACCCGCAAGGCUUCCGCCAGCUCAUCCCGCCAAAAUGAAGACGCAGCUCUCAAGAAGGCCAUGUUCUCGCUCGCAAAGCAGCUGUUGGAAGAGGGCCUGGUAUUGGACGAAGAGGCGUUCAAGAAGGGCGCGGGAGGAAUGGUCUCGGCCGCCGACGGCGAGGACGACGAGGGCAACUUUGACAUUGCAGCUGCUCUGGUGGAAGGCACCAAGAAGCACGACGAAGACGAAGAGGAGAGGAGAAAGGCGAUGGAAGCGAACCAAGAUGGCGAGAUCGACGAGUCGAUCCUUGCUUCGAUCACGGGUGAGGAUGGCCAGGCUGGCGGAUCGACAGAUGACAAGGCGGUGCUGGUUCACUGGCGAGGUCUCAAGCUCAAAGUCGGCCCAGAAAGAUUCCGAUUCCUCGAGCCGCUGUUCCGCCCGGAACUGCUCAAGGACGUCGCAGGUGCCGCGGAUGAUCACAUCGGGGACGAGCCCUUCGGAGCAGGACCCAUUGUUGCGGAAGCCAACGGCACUCAGAGCCACGACAGCUACCCAACCGCCACUGCAUCCCCUGACUGGAGCCAGGCCAUCUCCCUACCGCUCGGCAUCGCCAACGCCAUCUCGCGCAUCGAAGACGCCGAUCGUCGACCUCAGCUCUGGGAGAACCUCAUCUUCACCGGCCAACCUGCCAAGAUCAAGACGAUCCAGCUCGAAGCUAUUUCGGCCCUUUCCGAGUACGUUGCGACCGAGCAGACCGAGGCAGCUCAGGUGCUGGCCGAGCCCAACCCGCUGCAGGCUCGCAACGUCCGAGCGUUGCGCGUGCCGGACUACUUUUCCGAGUUCAAGGAGCGCAAUGACCUCGCUCCCUUCCUUGGUGGCACGAUCUACGCCAAGCUCGUCUUUGGCGAUCCGCAGGCAAAGGCAUUCAUCACUAAGCAGAACUACAACGAGGCGGGACCGAACCAGACUUUCUCGGUCAAGCUCACUGCCUAG